AGUCAUGAUUUCGUUCUCGAUGCAUUAACAGCAAUUAAAUUUUUCUUGUUGAAAAGAUUUCGAAAUUCCGGGAAAAGUGGAAAAUUACCCAAAUAAGUGCAAUUGUUAAUCACUAAAGGUGAAAAAUCAAGGAAUAUGUGAAUAAAAUUGCAUCUUAAGUUGAUUUUUCUUGUGCUAUCCCUAAAAUGUGAAAACUUUUUCUGAAAAAAUAUCUUAUCCUUAUCUUUUCUUAUCGUGCGCCUUUAUGAUAAGAACACUAAAAUUAAUUUGCUCGCCUUUGCACAGAAAGUUAGUCAGUGGCUGGCAUUGGAAGCAGUUGAAUCGUUCUCAUGAAAAAAAAAUCAUAAGUUUGUGUGAUUAAUAAAACGCUUUAAUUGAAAAGCGAAGAAAUUGAAUUUAUCAUGUUCAUGGAAAUUGUAAUUGCGAUUUAGAGGGAAUUUAUAGUGUUUUUGUUAAUAAAGUGAUUUUUUAGAGAAAAAGCAAUAAUGACUGAUAAUAUUCCUCUGACCCCUGAGCGGUCUGUGAAAAGUUAUGAUUUUGGGCAAAAUGAUUCGCAAGAGAACGACAAGACAAACGAUUCCACAAUCACAGGAACGUCCAUUCCCAUGGAAAACCUGAACCUACGGCCUAAGAAAAUUGAACGUCUUCCUCAAGCUAGUCAGCAAUAUGUGGGAAAUCGCAGUAUUUCCAGAUACGGCAAUGCGUGGUCAGUUUUGACGCCACUGUCGAAAUCUAAAGCUCCCAGUGAGACACUCCCGAUUGAUUCAGUAGGAUGGCUCAGCAAUAUCACUUUUUCCUGGAUUCACAAGUACCGCGUUACGCGGGAAAUGAUCAAGAAGAGAAAUAAUUUGCCAAAGCACCAUCAAAAUCUGAUCACUGGCGCACGACAGAAGAUGCCUCAUAUAGACAGUGUUGAGGUGAAUGGGCGUCGUAUGAAGGGCCAGUACCGGGAUGAACUGCAAAUUCACGGGAAGAGCAAAGGAUCGAUGUUCAGAGUUGCAUUGAAAUUCUGCAGGACCAGAAUAAUUGUGGCCACUCUCUUUCAUUUUUUGGCAAUUUUUCUGGCAUUUAUCGGACCAAUUCUCUUCCUCAAUUUAUCACUGCACUCCAUGAGGUAUGAGCAUGAGCUGGAAAGCAAUAGAACGGCUGAAGAACUCAGCAGAUCGUCUCUCUUAAAUGCAACUGAAGAUUUAUUCGGAAAUGCAACAAGGAUGCAAUUUCAACGUGAGGUGGGAAUCCCAGUACUGAACCGCGUAGGAUUUGCUUUGGGAAUGGCACUUUGCUUCUUCCUUAAGACAAUCCUACUCAGCACGAGCAAUUGGAUAAAUUUGCGAACUGCGAUGAGACUGAGAACGGGAUGUUUGGCGGCUGCCUUUGAAAAUGUCAUGAAAAGCGUGAUCACCCACACAAUUGCUCCACACCAACUGAUGACUCUCGCCAUGGAUGAAAGUGAGCAUAUUGUGGAAUUGAUCACAAAGGGACAUCGUGUCUUUGGCACAGUUCUCCACUUGAUCCUAACUUUCAUCGUGGCCAUCCUACUCUUAUCUGCGCCUGGGAUGUGGCCACUCUUUGUCGUCUUUGGGUUUCUUCUGCUGGGAAUUCCAUUAGCUAAAAUUUCAACGUUUCACCUGAGAAAAUCUCUAUCGCAUUUAGCGAGAAAAUUAACAGUUGUCGAGGAAUUUUGCAUCUACUUUAGAGAUAUUGUGAUAUUUGGGAAUCAAAAUACAACAAAAAAGAAUUUCAUAAGUGCUGUUGAGGAAGAACAUUCCUCCAUGAAAUGGUCUUCCAUUUUCUCAACGAACUUCUCAGGAAAACUAACAUCAGCUAUGCUCCUCGGUGGCCUCUACAUGAUGUGGUGCGAUCCAAAGGUUCAAACGGAAAGCAUUGAUGUCCUAACAUUGGUUAUCCUAUACGCCUUCCUGGUGCAAAAUUUUAUAUCGGAAUUUUUGCAAUCUCUAGGCGCCAUUUUCAAUGGAAAAGCUGUUAUGGAUAAGCUUAGGCAUAUUUGCAACAUAGAAGUGGUUAAUUCUACAAAGCAAAAGCCUGAAUUGUACAGAGUAAUCUCCAUUGCUGACAAUGAGUUCAGGUGGCACACCCAGGAAGAGAAACCAAACAGGAAAACGAAUUCUCUGAAGGAGGAUGUUGUUUUAACGGUGAAAGAAUUUUAUGUAGCCAGCAAUCAAAUUGUUGGGAUUACAGGACCCCCAAAAUCCGGCAAGACUAUGCUGCUGUACUCAAUCUUAGGGCACACCAAAUGGGUACACGGUAUGAAGGGUCUCAAUAAAGGGGUUUUCCAAAAACGCGGGAAAAUAGCAUUCUUCCCGGAGAAUUGUGCACUCUCUUUGGGAUCCCUGAAAGACAACAUUCUCAUGGGAGAUGACUUCAAUGACCAAUUGUUCUACGAGGCCAUCAAUGCUGCUCAACUCAAUGACAUACUCAUUCGUCCAGGGAUGGAAGAUGAAGACAUUGGAUCGUUGGAACUCAGUGCUAGUCAAUUGGAUAAGGUGACUCUGGCUCAAGCCAUUUACACAAAACGCAACAUUAUUCUUCUGGACAAUCCAAUGAGCAGAUACAAUGAAACCACGGAUGGUGAUGUUUUCCGAUUGUUCAAUAAUUUCUUCAAUAUUCUACGAAACCAAAAGAAGACCGUCAUUCUCUCUACUCAAGAUCAUAACUUUUUAGCACUUUGCGGAAGGAUUUACAUUAUGGACCAAUGUAAGGUUGCUGCAGAGCUAAACUACCAUGACCUCUCAAGCUAUGCUGACUAUGAGAAUUGGAGCAAAAACUAUGCAAAGAUGAAGAAUGUUGUAAAUGCAGAAAGGCUCGAUGGUUGCAAUGCAGCCGGUAUUUCGCCACUAGUCAAUAAGGAUAAACGAAUCGUUAAAGGACCUUACAAUGGUGACCAGGGAGCAUCUGAAUCAUCUGAUCAAGUUCUAAUUGAGAAGGAAAAAAAGACAAAAGUCCUGAAUAAUUUUGGAAAAUUCAUCUUUGUAUCUGCAUUCCUUGCCUUUGUUCACUUCAUCAUAAGUGGAAGCUACGUCACACUACCAGGCUACAUUAUUUUAGCUCAAAUACUCCCAAUUGAGCUAUGGAUUUCACUUAUAAGCUUUGGCUUCAUCUGCGUCUCCUUCAUGAUGGAAUUAAUUGAUAGAGUUUACACAUCAAGGAUUUCUGAAAAGUACUCAAUUAAACGGGAAAAGGAGAAAUUUGAACUUCUCCUCGAGACAUCAAUGAAUUUUCUCUACAACAAUUCCGUAUCAGAUUUGGUGUUCAUCUUCAUGGAAAACUCAUUCGCCCUACUCAAUGCACAUCGGAAUAUCAUUCACAAAAUAACUCUCAUCCUUGUGGCCACGGGAUAUUUGGCAUUCACAAAUCCCUGGGCAAUUAUUGUGAUAGUACUUUUAAGUGUGGGAUGUACCUGGAUUUUCUUCUUCUUCAAGACAACAGUUGAAGAUUUUUAUGCAAAAGAAUUUGAGACAAGGCGCAAAAUGUGUAGGCACAUUACGAAUUGUGUACGAACUAGAGCUGUCCAUGGCAAUUCCUCAAAAGCCUACAAGAUCCUCUGUGAGCUCCUGGAUGAGAAUUCCACGUUACAAUUUGUUCGAAAGUGCACAAUUCUACAUGCUCAAUUUCUUAUGAAUAUUUUCAUCAGUGUAGGAUUUUUCAGUACGUGCUGCCUCAUGCUACUCCUACCAAAUGCACCACUGGAUGAACAGAAAUUACGCUACACCUAUGGAAUUCUUUUGUACUUGAUUAUUGCCAAGAAUUUUCAAGAUUUGCUCCAAAGUGGAGUCUUUGAUCGGGUUGUUGCGGUAGAAAAUGCAGCAAUGGUGGCCAAUCUUGUGCAUGAUCUUGAAACAACAAAAGCUCUAGACAUUGUGGAAUGCGUUUCAGACUACAGCAAGAGUUUAAGUGUGAGUUUCAUGAACCUCACUUGCAAACCAGGAAGUGUUAGAAGGCUCAACAUUAAGGAUGUUCACGUGAAUGCUGGAGAAAAAGUGGGAAUAAUGAUGGAUGGUUCAUAUUUGCUGGUUCCUCUCCUAGGAAGAGUUCUAUCACCCCAAUCCGGGGUGAUAUUCUUUGGCCAAAAGGACAUUUCUUCUUUUCCCGAUAAUCAUUUUCACAAAAUUGUUGGUUUCAUAUCCAGCAAUCUACAACCAAGUUCUGCAACAAUUUUAUCUAUUAUUGAUCCAUACAAUGAGCGAAAGGAAGAGGACCUAAUGGAGGCACUGAGAUAUUUUGAACUUGGUCAGAAAAUAUCCAUUCUUCCGAAGCAGUUGAAUGAAACAAUAUCACAUCUAACACCGGAUGAAAAGCAGGUCCUGUGUCUUGUAAAGAUUUGGCUUGAAAGACCGAUUAUUGUCAUUGUGGAAAAUCCUCAUCCGGACGCUCUUAAUAAAAUUAAUUCAACAAUCAAUGAUUCAUUCAAAGAUGUCACAGUUAUAAAGAUCGCAACUAGCCAGUAUCAACUGAUUUCGUGUAAUCGUAUCUUGUAGUUUUAUUAAAAAAAAAUUUAUUACAUAUUCUUUACGUUAAUUUGUUGAAGAA